GCAACCGUGGAUGCUUCCAACUCAACCAGAAGCGCUGUCAGCCAGAACCAGGUGGGCGGGUUUCCUGGACUCACUGCUUCACGUUCCGGGGUCUUUUGUUUCUGAACCACUGCCUGGGCUGCGCAGCUGGCAGUGCGCUGGAAGUAAAGGAAGACCCUGCUGCGGUUCAAACGAGUGAGGAUGCCCUGGAACCAAACAACUGCAAAGGAUCAAACUAAAUAAGGAUGUUGCACUAAAACAUGCAUUUAUUUUUUUAAAUUGUAGACGAUAAUGACAAUACUGCCGUAUCAUUUAGGAGCUUUAUAAACCUAUGCACAUCGGAAAUAAUUACAGCAUCUGUCACCGAUUUAUUUGUUUUGCUGCUGAUGAGAUGAGGUAGCUCAAAUCGAGCCAGCCCUGUCUGUUGGAGGGGCGUUGGAUGUUGGAGCUGGAAUGCGAAUGGACGAACAACAUGGACGACCAGCGGGACGUUCAAACUUCCAAGCGAAACGGGAGCUGCAGGUCGCUAUUAUCGGCCGGUUCCGCGGUGGCUAUGGAGAUUAAACGAAAGAAAAUACGACAGAGUGCCUUGUUCUUGCAAACAGAGGCCAAAAGCAUGAAACGAUGCCCCAGUCUUCUGAAUGACACUCUGCAGAUAGUAGAGGAUAUGAAUUUGUUGUACAUUCGACAGAUUUCUAAGAAGCUACAGAGCACUAACCUACAGGAGAAGCUUGACUUUGAGAUCCGAAUGCGAGAGGGCGCCUACAAGCUGCUGCUCGCUUGCAGUAAGAGAGAACAGGUUCUCAAUGCUUCCAAGAACCUGCUGACCUGCAACGCCAGGAUCAAGGCUUAUCUCACACAGCUGCAGAAGAAGAAAGAGGAGCAGGACAUGAUGGGAGCAGUCAGAGGUAUACCAGAUCCAGUUUCAGAUGGCCGUUUUCCCUGCAGUGGGACAAUUGCAAUGUCUGGACUGCGCAUUCCUAUGAUGUGGAGGGAUUCCGACCACUUCAAUAACAAAGGAAGCUCUCGUCGGGUGGCUGUGUUCUGUGUGAUGCAGAUUGGCUCAGAGGUGUUUGAUACCGACAUGGUGGUGGUGGACAGAUCAGUCACUGACAUCUGCUUUGAGGGGGUCACUAUCUUCAAAGAAGCAGUUCCACAGUUUGAGCUGAGGGUGGAGCUGUGGAGCUGCGCCCUGGAGGAAGAGCUAACGCUGGUAAACACACCAAAGAAACUGGCCAAGAAGUUCCGCAGCUCCUUCGGAAAGAGUGGCGGAAAGAAGCUCUGCUCCCUGCUGGACACUCCAGACCCUGACACCUUCCUCCAGUACAACCCAAUACCCUCUGGAGCCAAAUACAGCCUGCUGGCCUACACCACUCUGCGUCUGCCCGAGGCUGAAGGCAGCUUUCAGUCUCACUCCCUCAUUGUCCUCCAAGACGCUGAGUGGUCGUCUUGGCUUCCUCUCUAUGGCAACCUCUGCUGCCGGUUGGUGGCCCAGCCGGCCUGCAUGACACAGACCAUGAUGACUGGCUACCUGAACCAGAAGCAAAGCAUGGAGGGGAUGAACCGCUGCUGCAGUCUUUACUGCGUGCUGAGUGGCGGCCUUUUAUCCUGUUACUUCACCCCGGAAGAAAUCGACGCAAAAGUGCAGCCGACUCUCAAAGUACCCAUCAAUAAGGACACCCGGAUCCGAGUGAUGGAGAAAGAGUCAGCAGGCCGCAAAUCCAGGAGUCUGUCUAUCAUCAAUCCUUCACCAGAGGGAUGUGAGAGCAUCGUCUUCACCACAGACACCAGGGAAGAGCUGGACGACUGGCUAGACGCCCUCCACCAGCACCUCUAUGAUCAGAGCCAGUGGCUGCACUGCUGCGACCAGCUAAUGAAGAUCGAGGUCGCGUCGCCUCGGAAACCAUCACUCUUCCUCACCAAGCAGGCGGACUCUGUUUACAACGACCUCAGUAUAAAUUCACCAAGCAAGUUUGAGAGCAUCACAGAUAUCAUCCACAAUAAAAUUGAGGAGACAGACGGCCGCUUCCUUAUUGGCCAGGAUGAGGAGAAGGAGGCACCUAACUGGUCCACUUUGUUUGAUGGCUCCCAUUCAGUGGUGGUCAAGAAGAGUAUUCUGUCCCAGAGCAAAACCUCCACUCCCUGUUCAAGCCCCAAACCCAACAGCAGCUCUACACCCAACAGCUCCAAGAAGCGCCGUGCUCCACCCCCUCCCUCUGACAGGGAGCCUUAUGCUCCUCCCACCCGUCCAGCCAGACCACCCCUUCCUCCUUCCCUUCUUCAUCAGCCUCUUCCCUCACACCAGGAGAAGGAGAACUCCGGUGCUUCACGUCCAGCCGCAAGGUCCAAAACAGGCCGCCCGUCUCUGGAUGCCAAGUUUUCUGCCAUCAUCCAGCAGCUCCAGCGGAACAACACCGGAGGAGCCGCAGCCCUCAGCAGAAAGAACGCUCCGCUGGGCGUCCUCGAUGUGCAGCCACUGGGUCACCCUCAGCCCCCUCUCCAGCAGCUGGACUACCAGAAGCACCGCACCCAGACCCCCGAGGCCACAGCUGAUCACGGUUUUGUCAGAGCCAGUAAUGGUCCCGGUCCUGUUCCUGCACCACGGAGCAAACUGAGGAAGUCGUUCAGGGAGAGGAUGAACCUUAAAGCGUUGUAACCUCAACCUUAGAGCAUAUCUGUUUACCUAAUUAACCGUACUUUACCACUAAUACAAUAACAGUUUAAACUUUUUAACUGAGCUGAGUAACGCUCAUAAAAUCACAUAUCACAAUAUAUUUGACUUUACCUCAGUGGGACUGACAACUCCUCAUCAUGAGGGAUGAUUUUCGGGCUGUUGGUGUGGUCCUGCAAUGUUUAAAAGAACACAUCACCUUUUUAGGAAAUACACUUAACUGUAUUCAUGCAGAUGGAAAAAUUCAAUCCCAUAUGAAGAUAGAGCUAGGACACAUAGGUUAGGAUAAAGUUUGGAAAGAGGGAAAAUGGUGAGUCUAAGUCAAUCCAACAGUAACAAAUCCCACCUACAUGCACAUUUGAAUCUCAUUAAUUAACAUAUUUAACUUUUUAAAUCCAAAAACUGAAGUGUAAAAGGAGGAUUAUGCUUUUCCAAGAAGUCUCUCCUCCAGCACAAAAUGCUCUAUAAAACUACAAGCAGCUGUUUUACACUUCAUUUUUUGUAGACAUAACAUGUUAAUUGAGGAGUUUUGGAGGUGCUAGCAGAUUUCCUUACCUUUGAAUAGAACCAGAUUGAGUUUUUCCUCUUGUUUUCAGUCUUUAUGCCAAACUAAGCCGUUUCUGAAGGAACACAUCAUAUACUGUAAGCAUAUUUCAAACGUGUUGGAACCUAAAGGAUAGGUAGGUGAUGAUCUUCCAAAAAGAUCCUCUCAGUGUUAAUCAUGACAACCCAAAUUCCACUUGACACCUCUUAUCACAACAUCCAUACCGUGUCGAUACACGUCCUGCUCCACCCUCCAUUUCUAAACGUCUUCAUGUGCAGCUAACCCAUAGACGAAAUUGAAAGCCGUAUGCUGGCUUGAGCACCGCCAUCAUCAAUCCCACUAAAAUGGAAAGGCUUAUUUCUCAGCUCUGCCACUGGAACAUGGACUGAAGAAAGAGCCUUUGCAAAAGCACUCAAAUUGAAAUUGAUCCAUCGGCUAACUGUGGAUGAGUCAUUCCUUUUGGAACGAUUGACUUAUUCUACUUACUGUGACGACUUUAUGACCACUACGGCUGAUUUUAAAGGAACACAAUUUUUAGGAGCAAUUGCAGGGACUAAUGUGACUUCUCCAUUCCCCCCAGAGGUCUUAAUAAUGGAGUGACCUUGGUUUUCAGUGGCUACACAGUAUGUCCAACAUAAUUUAACAGAGCAGCCAAUAAAUGCUAUGAACAUAAUUGAAUGAAUGAGGCUUUUGAGGGGCUAAAAUAAUGAAUGCCCUUGUGUAUGCGUUUUGAACAUAUCCAGCACUGCCAGCCACUAGAUAUUUCAGCCACUUAACGAUAUGCUGUUGAAGAAUGGUCUUCAUAAUUACACCCAGUGUACAAAACAUUAGGUUGAGCUUCUUUCUCUGAAAUUGACUGCCCAGAUGAAGAAGUACGGUGAAGGCUACAGUCACCUGUUUUUUUAAUUUCUCACCCUCCAAAUUCAGUUUAAUUUAGAGGGAGAGAUGUAGAUUUGGGAGGUGGAUUACAGGGGGAUUUAGUUUAAGCCUGGAAAGAGAGAAAGGAAGAGAAUGGAUUGUAUAAAAGGGGAUGCAGCUCACUGUUCCCUCUAAACUGCGCGCGUACGCAAUUGCGCACUGCUGACGGUCUCCGCGCACAGAAAAUCUGCGCUGCGAACAAAAAAAAAUCCAACCUAAAUUGUAAAUAAAAUAAACACGUAACAAUUCAUUCUGUGCUAUUUUUCAAUGUGAGUCAGUGAGUGACCGGUGACUGGCUGCUGCAGCCAAUGAUGCGAUUCACAUACGUAUUUACCAUAGACUGUAUAUUAUGGUAUUUACGCAGCUAAUCUACGUCAGACGUCCUUAUGUGCAGCCACCUUUGUUCUCAUAGAUAUGAAUGAGUAGAUAGGACACGCCCCUUUGAGCUGCGUGCUACAGCGAGGCUAAGCUAGUGGGGGAAAAGUUUCAGUGCAUUCCGUUGAUGUAGACGGCGUGAAAACGGAAACAAGUAUGCCGUCUCACUGUGCUGCAUACAAUUACACACUACGUCGUACGAUUGAGACAAGGAAACUUGGAAUGACUUUUCAUAGGUUUCCCAGAGACUAUGGGUUGAGGAGGAAUUGGAAGUUUGUCGGCUUAGACCUGGUGUCAUUCCAUCAGUGUUAAACUUCCCGGCUCAUCUUGGAAGAGUACGUGCCAGAAAGACCACGACCAAGCAGCCUUGAGAUCUUAGGCAGCGUCUCCCUGAGGUCCCUCUCUAUCUCCCCACACAUCCACCAACCACUGGAACACAUCUCCAAAGUUCUGCUGGGCCAGCUCAGCUUCCCCUCAGAAGAAGUACCGCCACCUGCCAGAUGAAGGAGCCUUUUGAGAGGCAGCUGGCAUCGUGAUUGGACUGUACUUUGGUCUGUUCCAAUCCAGCUUCAGCUCCAGAGACGGCAGGCGGGACGAGUCAGCGGAGGCCGGGUGGACGAAGGCAUGCAGCUGAGUACAAUCCAGAAAACAACAGAGGAGGAGUGCAGCAGCCCAGGACCAGAACAACCAGAGUAGCAUCACCAAAGAACUACAGACUCUUCACAACCUGCUCAAACUCUUGGUACAGGACCUCACCACACGGGUCAAGAAGGUUUCCUUCUCAUUUCUACUCUGAAGCGCACCUUCUCCUGCUCAAACUGCUGACAAAUGUUUCUGCUGCUCUAAAGUCUGGUCUCCAGAACUUCCUAAAAACUCUCAAAGUCUCUUCUGCUGCAGGUUGCUUUGUAGAACUGUUCCAGAAAACCUCACUAAACCACAUGGAGGGGCCUCAAGAUAGUCGUCCAAAUGAAACCAUACAAAAACCAAACUAGCACAACCCAAACGCUAAAGUCUCCUGCAGCCUACCAGAGAACCUCUGAGAACAGAGAAUCAGGACAGGAACUCUUACCUUCUGGACAACCAACGCUGGUUCUCAAACAAGAAUACAGAAUGUGUCUGACCAAAAACCUCUGAAGACUCACUACAGCCAAGAUAAAGACACAACUCAGCUGCACCAAAUCUACUAAUCACUGCACACAUUACCACCAUGUGAUAACUGUGGCUAAAGAACCACAUUUACCAAGACAACUAUCCAGUACAAAGCCCUAAAACACACCAAGAAACACAUUAAAGAUGAUUUUACUGCUGGAAGCUGCAAGCCAACGCCUAAAGAAGAAACUAAAGCAACAGAACCAAACCCAGUUCACUGGUGAAGAGAAACAGAGGAAAUGUUUGUCUGCAGCUAAAUAAAGCAGGAAGACACUGAGCUGCUCAGGUGUUCCUGAUAACACCAAGCAGCCACCUGGACAGCCAAUAGGAACACAGCUUACUGGAAGUCCAGAGGGCUGGCUUAGUCAAGGAAAUUUAGUUUAAAGUUGAAGCAGAAAGUUAAUAAAGAAAGUUGAAAACCACCUUCUGAUCCCUGAAAUCUCUGAGUUUUCACACAAAGAACACCUGAACAUGUCAAACUCGUUCCAUAGUAGAACCAUCAUUGUAAAAACGUCAUAGUAUGGUGUGUUGCUCAAAAAACAUUAUGACCCGGCUGUCAGGGGACAAACAUGUAAGAAACAUGAGAACAGAGAGAAUCCAACCAGUAGGUCACAGUUUAUCAUCAUCUAAUCAUCUCCUGAAGUCCAUAUGGUGAGAGACAUCAGUAUCUGGUUGUUAAUUUACCAGAGGAUGCUUAUAAUCAUGCUGAUGUGGUCUGUACUCUACAGUAUUUUAGUGACUCAAUAAAUGCCUAAGUUGUUUUUUUUUAAAUGCUUUUUAGUUUUUAAUAAACAUUUAACAGCCUAUAUGUAAUCAAUAAAUGGCCUUUGCCUAUCUUAAGAAAAAUUCACUCAGAACUCUGAUAUGUUAACAGUACUAAAUAAAUCAAUAAAUACAUGCAUACACACAUAAAUAAGUUAAUACAUUAACUGUGUUAAGAUAAGAUUUAGAUUUUUAAAAUGUUGUUUAUGUUUUUGCAGAAUCCAGUAUUGCUCACUGGUUGGUCAUUACAUUUUGUUAGUUUGAUUUCACUGUUUAAAAUGAUGCCACCUCUUUUCAGACAGAACCUGUGAUAAUAAAACAACAAAAUUUUAGUUCCGUGUUAAUAAAGCACUUAAAGCUUUAAGUAUGGCUAAAUGCUUUUUUCAAAAUUAAAUAUAUCACUCCUUAGGUGGUAGUGGCCCCAAGUUCAGUAAAGUUGGAAAGAUAUUCACAGAUUGGGACUUCCAGCAUCAAUAACUCAUUAGAUAUAGGUUGUCAAAACAUAAACGGUGCCUCUUUCCCAUUGUUGCAAGGCAGACAAUGUGCUACAAGCCCAGUUUUAUCAAAAGUAGCUGUCUUUCAAGCUACAGGAAUAACAUUGGUGUCUAUGGAGUGAACAGGGUCCAUCUGCAAUUUGCAAAACCGCUGCAACAGUAAAGAGAGACAAAUAUUCAAUAACUUCACUCUUAUACAUUGUAGUGUCACUAAAAUCACUGCAGCCUUCAACUGGCUCCUGUUGACAAAGUGUUUUAACAGAAAUGUAAAUGCUGUAAUUUGAUUCUUUUAAUGAACCAUGUAACUUGAAUGGAUGUGAUGCUGGUGUGACCACAGUGCACACGUCUGAUGUUGCUCACAGUGGUCCAAGGGACGCUCAGGGAGUUUGUGUGUUUGCUCAGACUCAGGAAAAAUUAGAGGGAACAUUGAUGCAGCUCAACAUUAGCAGUGUUUCUUCUGCUUGGUGUGUACUGCUGAUGCAUUAGUCACUGUGAUCUGUAGAGGCUUUACCUGCAAAAACAAGGGAAGGUUUGAGGCUAAAACCUCGCAGCAUUAGUUUUUACCAAUGAUGUGGUUACGUCUCAAUCCGUUUAUCACAGUAAUUACAUUGCACUUUCUCUAUUAAAUUCUCCGUCAUUUUCAGGUAGACUAAGCAAGCUGGAGAAAUGCAUGUCAGCAUUACUGGAAGGGACUGUGAAAAGCAGCAUUUCUGCAUUAUUUGGACAAUGAACUGUGUAGCCAUGGUGAAUUUAUUUCAAUACAAGCACACAGGAAAGACGGCCUCUGUGGACAGUGGAGAGGAGAUGAUAUAAUAAAAAUAAAAUGUACUGCUGCUUUCUGAAUAAGAGCUGAAAACGAUCACUUUCUCACAUUUACAUUCAUUUUAAAAAGCGCUUUAAUAAAUGUCUUAUUUUCGUUUUUGAUUUACGUGACAGAAAGGGGGACAACUGACUGAUUAUUUUCAUUGUUGAUUAUUUUAUCUCGGAAAAUGGUGAAACCCAAAGACGUUCAGUUCACAGUCAGAGGAGGAAAGUGGAAAAUAUUCACAUGUAAGAAGCUGGGUUUAAAGAAAAUAGAUUACUCAAAGCGAUUAAUCGAUGAUUAAAUUAACUUGCAAUUAAUAGUUGACAACCAGUUGAUAAAUUGUUGGCAGUUGCAGCAAUGUAGUUAUUGAUUAAAAUGUUCUGUAAUUCUUUAUGUUGUUUCUGUCGUAUUAUGUAUUUAGACUUUCAGUGCCACUGUGUUUAUGUACUAGCAAGUAGCAAAACAUGAAUCCUGUCCUAGCGCAGUAUAAUCUGAGUAUAGAGCAAAGUGAAAAGGUUGUAGUUAUUUUUGAUUCUCAAAAGGUGCAAUUUUCUCCCGACUCUGUUGUCUUGGAAGUUAACUGUAUUUUUUAUUAUUGCUGAUCUGCAAUAAAACGGCCUACAUUCUA